UUACAUUUUUUUUUGCAAGGGAGGGGGAAGAUUUCUCAAGGUCACUUCGUGGAUUUUAGAUUUUUUCCCCCUCUCCUUCCCUCUUCCUCGCCUUCUGGAUCUCUUUCCCCUCCAAACCAAUCCUCCCCGUGUUGUUUCUGCCCUCCAUCGGAUCACUGGUGCUUCUCCAUAGAGGUCUGUUGGAUUAUAUUUCUCUUCUAUUCUGCCCCCCCCUUCUCUUCCUUUGGAUUUUAUAAGCCUGGAGGAAAGAGCCCCUUAAAGAGAGAGAGGGAGAGAGACCCAGCCUGGAUUAGUAGGGAGGCGUGUAUCUGUGGGGCCUCACCCCCCCCCAACAUCGCUCGGAUUCUGAAAUCCUUUAAAAAAAAUCUGGGAUAUUAUAAUAAAUUUUUUUCUUUCGGAAAUGGAUGGUAAAAUCAGACAGAGCAGGAAAUCUCGCUCCCAAAGGGACCGCGUGAGAAGGAGGGACCCCAAUGGCCGGGACCGUCCAAAUCACAGCCCUUCCUCCACCUCGGAAAGGGAACGAAGCCCGGGCAAGGAAAAUACAAGCCAAAACUGCCCCAACCCAAAAAGCCAGGCUUCUGCUGUCAGGAAUGCCAGACCUCCGAGGAGGCGGCGGCGAGAAUCCAGUUCCCAGGAAGAAGAUUUAAUUGAUGGAUUUGCCAUUGCCAGCUUCAGUACCAUGGAAGCCUUAGAGAAGGACAUGUCAUUGAAGCCUCAGGAGAGAAAGGAAAAAUGGGAGAGACAUCCGGGAAAGAAACCACGAGAAUCCGAACAUUGCGUGUCAGCUGAGCCCAGCGAAAACGGCCAUAAUAAUGAUGCCGGGAGUUCGGGAAGAGAGACGGAUCGAGGGAAGGAGCGGGUGAAGAAGAAAGUUCCCUUGAAAGCCCACAAGCAGAUGAAGGUCCCGGUGAAACGGAGUGGCAGAAACAGUGAAGACGACAGCAUCCGGGAGGCCACCAGCUCACAGCUUAGCAGCUCCAGAGACUGCCUCAGCGAUAGUUCUGCUCAAUCGCUUUCAGGAAAAGGUUAUUCGGUAAGUCACCUUAACAACUAA